AUGGAGCAAUUUUGCUCAAACACCGCCAGUGGACACCGCGCCCCAGGCACUCGAGCUCAGCCGUGCAUUCGUGACCAGAAGUCUUCCAAGCGCAUUCAAGCCAAGGGUACUGCCAUCCCGAAAGUGAAGGACAUCGACAUCCAUGCUUGGGCUAAGCAGUUCCGUUCUGCUCUUCCGAAGGGCGAGUUGGUAUCCAUCUACAUCGGUGAUGCCAUCGCUGCUCACAUUCACAAGCCUCUGUUAAAGGUGACUUCUACCAAGUUCGACAACUUGUACCAGAAUGGUGCUUUCAAGCUCCCUGCUGGUACGGACGAGCGAGUCCUCGAUCGCCUGAUCGGAUAUCUUGGCUACGUCUGCGGCACCUCCAAGAAGCCGCAGCCAAUGUCUACCAACAUGCUGAUGUUCGAUGUGCUGAGCAUCUCCACUGCCGGUAGCUUACUGGGCAUGGACAAGUACACCAGCCAUGUUUACAAGAAGUCCGAGGCGAUUCCUCGUAUUGAUCCUCCUCUUUACGAACACAUCAACGCCAUCAUUUCAGUUCACGAAGAGCACGCCCGUCUCCAUAGAAUUGUUGUCCAGAAUCUUGCUUUUCGUGUGCGGGGGGCGACUACUCCCGACCCUGAGGACUUUCAGAAGUACUUGUUGGACCACUCUGAGCUCGCUGUUGCGAUUGACGCAACCAACGAUCCGAUGCGGAACAUCGUGGUGCGCAAGGAAAUAUGUCAGCGCAACAUUGCUCUUUGGGCUGAUAAGAACGCUAAACUUCAAGCUCUUGCGCAGUCUUGCGCUGGGAAAUCAUGUGGCCCAGUCGAAAAGCGCAAGAAUUUCUCUGCUGACGAGCGUGCCCAUUGGAUCAGCGUCCAUAGGAAGCAGCCUCCUCAGGGCUGUUAA